AUGUCGUCCUCUAUUGCCAUCCCCGCCGGCCCCUCGGCCACCCGCCCGUUUCAUAAGGGCACCGGCUCUUCUACCAACAGCCCUUACGGUACAUCACCCUCGUCGUCCCCGCCGUCAGCUGGCAAACUCAAGGCCCUUCAUAGCCGCCGCCCGAGUCUUCUGAGCUCUUCUCUCUCUAAGCAAGAAUGCACUGUCAUUAACAUCGGCGAUCCUGAGGGUCCUCCUCGACUGAUCUCUUACCUUUCUUCAAGUCAAGGUUUCGCCUGGAACCCUGAAAUCUUCCUCCCGUCUUACAUCGACUGCGACUAUGUUCCCCUCGAGAAUCGCCGCGAUCCCGUGCACGAGAUCGUUCUGAGCGACGACGAGUCAAAGAACAUGCUUCCUCAUUAA